AUGGAACCAGAGACGGAGAAGCCUGCAAGCAACAUGCCGCGCGACCACGACGCCGCCCGCCUCUCCUCGCUGUGGCACAGCGACAACGACGACUUCUCCGAUGAGCCCAACACUGACUACCGCCCGCACACCUCCACUGACAACUCCGUCCGGGAACGGUCCCCCAUUCCCUCAGACCCAGACCUCGACUCCCUCCCCUACUCCGACGACGACCGCGACCCAAGCGAUCCGGAGCGGGUAUACGAGGAGCACGUCUCGGAUGCGCGGCUCGACCACCGCAACGCAACGCUGGAGUUAGCCAGCAAGCAUGGAUUCAACUGGCAUGCGAUCCCAGAGUGGGAGAUGCAGAAGGUGGACGAGGAGUACGGGGAGAGGCUGGCGGCGGCGUACAAGGAGUACCGCGCGUCCGCCUGCCAGACACCCGCCUCUGGGCCUUGCAAAGGCGUCAAGAUGAGGCGGCCUCAGAUGUCUCGGCGCCGCGCUGGGGCUGCUGAUGCAAGGGGCAGGGGGCCGAAGUGGAUGGGGGUGGAUGAGGAGUUGUGGAAGGCGCGGGAGGGCGCGGCGCGGUGGAAGAGCUGGUGUAUCUGGGUUUCGUGUCUGGCGGGUGCCGUUCUGCUUGUGCUGGGCGCGGUGCUGCUCAAGGCGUGGAGUGAUGUGGAUUUGUGCGAGGCAGAGAGGUGGGCGUUGCUGCAGGAGGUGGGGGAGGGGCUGUGGUACAUGGGAGAGGGCGAGGGCAUGAAAUGA